CCGGGGAGCUCGCCUUGCGAAAGCGAAAACGAAGAAAGAGAGUAGUGCGAUCGAGAGCAAGCGUUCGUCAUGUUUCACUACCUGCAUCUCAGGAGUCGUCUUCUACAGACUCUGAUCCUCGCGCUGAUCGGCCUGACCUUUUACGCGUACUACCGCACCGCCGCGUAUGAUGUUCACCAAUACAGCUUGCCGCGAAACACCAGUUACUUCACGUAUCAAGACGGCCUUCACGCGCACACGAACGUCAGUCUCAGCCAGUCCAGAAAUUCUAGCUCGGACGGCAUGUCUCUGAGCGCACCAUACGCAGCGCACAACUCCAGCAACAGCUCCUUGAUUUUCAUCACCACGGUGUCGACCUCCUCUAGCGCGCAAUCCCUGUCCUCGUCGUUGUCGUCGUCGUCAUCGUCUUCCGUGAGCACGUUGGUCAGCUCGAAGCGGAUCGCGAACGAGAAGCCUCAAGCGACGAGGGUUGUCGUCACUAAUUCGACCAAGCUGGCGCCAAUCGUGAUUCGCAAUGAUUCGGCGCGCGCCAUAUACGAGGCCGGGCACACCGUGUCGAUCCCGGAGCGCUGUCCGAACCUCGGCAAAGACAUGGAUCUAGUGGUGAUCGUGAUGUCUGCGCCGACCCAUCUUGAGGCGCGAACGGCAAUCCGACAGACCUGGGGCCACUUUGGCCAGCGCAGUGACAUGAGCGUGCUCUUCAUGCUUGGCACCACUCAUGAUCCAAGAGUGGAGACGAUCCUGCGCAAGGAGCAGAACAUGUACAACGACGUGAUACGCGGCCGCUUCCUUGACUCGUACUCGAAUCUGACGCUCAAGACUAUCUCGACGUUGGAGUGGGUGGACGCCUAUUGCUCCAAAAUCAAAUACCUUCUGAAGACCGACGACGACAUGUUCAUCAAUGUGCCGCGGUUGUUGGCGUUCGUGUACAAACACGCGAAAGACCGUAACGUGAUAUUCGGCCGACUGGCCAGAAAGUGGAAGCCGAUCCGGAACCGCAAGAGCAAGUAUUACGUGUCGCAGGCGCAGUUUCAGCAGUCGAUAUUUCCGGACUUUACCACCGGACCGGCGUACCUGUUGUCGAGCGAUACGGUGCGUCGUUUAUACGACGCCGCUCUGGACCAGACAUAUCUGAAGCUGGAAGACGUGUUCACCACGGGUAUCGUCGCGCACAAGAUCGGCAUCAGGCGUUCGCACGCCAACGAGUUCCUGAACAAGCGGAUACAGUACACCGCGUGCAACAUCCAGCGCGGCAUCAGCAUACACAUGGUCAAGUAUAGCGAACAGUUUGACCUCUGGAAGAAGCUGCUCGACGGUAAGAGUAAGUGCAAGUGAUAGCCAGCGCGGCCAAAGGCGACGAAGGUCCUACGCUUGACCCUGGCGAACCAAGUGGUGCGAUCGUUACCGCCUUAAUGCGAUUCGAGUGUCGGUUACACGCCGACCGGCUGACGCGAUAUAUACCGGCCGUUUUCACUGACGACCUCGCACAUGUGCACACGUAGCUACAUUCAACACACACACACACACACACACACACACACACACAAACAUACACACGUAUACACGCAUCACAUUCGGUUCAAGUGCGAGUGAGUGGCAUGCACGGGAGAGCAUAGUGAGAAAUUGUGCCGCAAAAUACGGCGUAGAGAUCUCGCCGCUGAAAUUUUUACACGAUGCACGCCACAAUCGUGUCCAUGAAGUCGGGCUUACCUCACACAGGUCGUACGUAAUUCUUUUUAUUCUGGAGGAAAUCUCCGAUAGCUGGAGAGGACGGAAGCUACUAUUUUUUGUAUUUUUUUAUAUCUCUCUGAAUUCCAAAGAAAUAUUUUUAUCAUCGUAGAAUUAAUUUUGUAAAAUAUUAUUCUCUGUAAUAUAAUAGAAAUUUUAUUUUCUCGAGAAGAGAGAGAGAGAAAGAGAGAGAGGUGCGUGAUGUAAGCGCAGAUAAUUGUAUAACUUUAACUGCUUUUGCUUUACAUUCUAAAUCCGGUGUUAAAUCAUUCUCCUAUAGAUAUGACCGCCUGUGUUUUCGUCGCGCAUUUAGCGAUGAAUGAGCGUUCCUAUGAUUUUCCUGCAUUCACACCGGCGGCACCCCUUAUUUAGAGUAUACUGAACAAUUUCGAACAAUUGUAUCCAGUAUUGAUCUGAGAAUAGUCACCUGAUUUUCAUAGCAGCGA